AUGUCCGCAGUGGCUGCCAUCUCGGUCAUCUACCCUCCUCAAUGCAUCGUCGCUGCUCGCCGGCUUGAUGGCCUCGUCCUCGUCCUCGUCCUCGUCCUCAGCCCAGCUGUAUUCGUUCUAAUCCGUUUCCGUCGUCUCUGCAUACAUCCCUCUCCAACUCUCUACCCUGGCACAUCGCAGCUUCGUUCCAGCAAACCUCAUCAUUUCUUAUUGUUCGACCAGCUCGAGACCAAGGCUACCGUCCUUCUAGCCCAUACCUUAUUCCCAAUCCGGUCUAUACCCAUUCCUAUCUGCGUUUGCAUUGCAUUGCCCUACUCGGCUUGUCUCUCAUCGUCCUACGCCUCUUCCACCUUUCCACGCUCUCCUCUUCUGCUCUUCCUCGACUUCUCCUUCUGA